CUUUAUUUGAAAGUACUUAAAUUCUAUUUAAAUGGUAAAAAUUAUUAUUUUUGAAUAACGAUACUGAUAUAGUGUUUAUUUAAAAUUAGAAUAUGCCAGGCAGACGUUGUGCAGUAGCCGUUUGUAAAAACAGUCGUGUGAAAACGAAAUUAGUGAAUCCAGAUAUAAAAUAUCAUGAGUUUCCAUUUGGGAACGAUUUAGUUUUACAAGAGUGGAUUCGGAGUUGCCGAAGAGCAGAUGAAUGGAAUCCCGCAACUAGCCAAAUUUGUUCGGUCCAUUUUACAAGCGGUGAUUAUGAACGGGAUCUUGAGCAUGAGUUAUUGGGUUUACCAGUAAGGAGACAUUUAAAGAAAAGUGCUGUCCCUACUUUACUCCUUGGACAUAAAGGAGAGAGUGCCGAUAAAGCUUUAAAAAUGAAAGAACAGAAAAGUGGAAUAUCACAAAGAAGACCAGGGCCACGUAGCCGAACUCAAACAGAUUUUCCAAUUAAUGAAAACAGUAUUGGAACUGAAAACUGGGAACAAAAGUAUAACGAGCUUAAAGAAGCAUUUGAAAAUAUUAAAAAAGAAAAAUCUACUAUGUCUAAACAAGUAAAACAAUUAAAUUUGCAAUUAAAAUUUUAUAAGUGUAAGUAUCAGACACUAUUGAAACGUAAACGAUAAGAAAAAUAUUUUUUACUAAAAAUCAAAUGGUCUAGUUAACAAAUAAAAAGAAAGUGAUAUCUGAAGACUGGUCUAAAAAAAUAAUAUGAAUUGUGAAUGAUCAGGAAUGACAUUAGUUGAUGAUAUGAUAGAAAGGUAUCCAACCUUAUUUGAAUAAAAAUAUUCUGAGCUAACAGCCUUUAAUCACACAUCCUACAUAUAAUGUACUAACAUACUCAACCAAAAUUGCCUGGAGAACUUUGCACAUAGAGAAGGAUCAUAUAUAAUUAUCCGUAUGCUAUUUAUUCCUCUCUAUUGAUGCAUUUGUGGAAAAAUU